CCAAGAGUGGAGGUGACACGUAAGAAAGAGCUGGACUGGAAGGUGGCCAAGGCAGGGCGGGGGGAAAGGAAGUCCCCCCCCCUCUUUUUCCCCUCUCAGUUUUUGCACCUACAAACUUCAGCCCCCUGGGGCGGUGGGGGGGGGCACGAGAGAGAUCUCCCAAGAGGAAUCUCGCUCGGGAGGGGACGGCUUUUGCAAGGCUCUUCCACAGCCGCUCGAGGCGCGUCGCUGGAGCGCUCGGGAGGACCCGCCGGCGGGCUGCUCGCCCAGCGAAAGAGCCGCUCCGGAGCGCUCUUGCCUAGAGGCGCGCCCCCCAAAGUGCGGCGCCGGAGCGGUCCGCUGGCCGGAGAUGCCCCGCGGCUCCCUCUGAGCGAGUCCGCGCGCCGCAGCAGCUGCCUGCUCAGCCUCCGUGGAAAGGUGACCGGGCAGUCCGCCAGGCGGGCAGAGGGCAAGACUGCCUAGCGAGCGGAGCCACGCCUUCGCCCUCGCCGCCUGGCCCUGGGGAAAGUCUCUCCCCGCCCGCCCAGAGCACCGCCGGCCGAGUCCCUCGCCCCUCUCCAGCCUGGCGGCGGCAACAGCAUGACCUUCGAUGCUUGGCCGAGCUAAGUUGGCUGCGGGUUCCCGGGAGCCGCGCGGGGGUCUAUGGCAGGAGCCGCGGCCGGCGGGGCUGAAACUCUGCGCGGCGGUCCCAGUUGCCCCGCGCUGACGGCGGUCUCCGAGUGAAGCCUGAGGACGCGCGGAUCCCCGGCGGAAGGGACUAUGGGCAACGGGAUGUGCUCCCGAAAGCAGAAGCGGAUCCUGCAGACCCUCUUGCUCCUGACGGUGGUCUUCGGCUUCAUCUACGGGGCGAUGCUCUACUACGAGGUGCAGAACCAGCUGCGGAAGGCUGAAGCGGUGGCCCUCAAGUAUCAGCAGCACCAGGAGUCCCUCUCCGCUCAGUUGCAAGUUGUAUAUGAGCAUCGGUCAAGAUUAGAAAAGUCUUUACAAAAGGAGAGGCUUGAACACAAGAAAGCAAAAGAAGAUUUUCUUGUUUAUAAAUUGGAAGCGCAAGAGACACUAAAUAAAGGAAGGCAAGAUUCCAAUAACAGAUACAGUGCCCUGAAUGUGCAACACCAGAUGCUGAAGAGCCAACAUGAAGAACUCAAGAAGGUGCACGUGGACCUAGAGGAGGAGCACCGGAAACAGGCCGAAGACUUCAGCAGAGCAGUUAAUGAUCACAAGCAGAGAUACUUGGAGAUGCAGCAAGAGAAAGGGCAGGAGCUCUCCAAGCUGAAGGAAUCUCUGUAUAAUCUGCGGGAAGAGAACAGGCAGCUGAGAAAAGCCCACCAAGAUAUUCAUACGCAGCUUCAAGAUGUGAAGCUGCAGCAUAAGGAUUUACUGUCCCAACAUGACCAGCUUGUAGUGACUUUGGAAGAACACAAGAGUGCGCUAGAAGCUGCGCAGUCCCAGGUAGAGGAAUACAGACAGCUGAAGGACACCCUUAAAAAGAUGCCGAGUUUCCAAAGGCCUGAAAGUUUCCACCCGCCACACGUUGUGCAAGUGACACUAGCGCCUUCACCCUCAAGUGACCCCAAAGCACAUGACUCAAACGUGGCUGAACAGCAACAAGAGGUGAUCCUGGAUGGAGAACAUCCGCAGGAAGGAGAAGGCAUCCACGCUGAAGGAAGAGAAGACAGAGCCGUACCAUUUCAUCCUGGUGGGAAAGCUGUUGAAGGUCACGCACGCCAGGAACUAAACAUUCAGCAGAAGCAAGAAGCGGGAGAAGAUGAGGAGCAGCACCUGGAACAGGUGGAAGAAGAGAACAAAAAGGAACUCGAAGAAGAGGAAAUGGAGCAAGCAGGUCAGCCUGAACGCUUAGCAGAGGAUCUGGACCAAACACCAGAGGAGCGCGAGUGGAAGGAGAAGGAAGAAGAAAUCAACAUGCUCCAUGAACACACUCACUUGGAGGAACCAGCAACAGUGAAGACUAUAACAAGGUACAAAUCGGCCUACGAAGAGCAGCUGGAGCAGCAGCGCCUGGCUGCCCAAAGAGCAGAAGAAGCCACCCGCCUGAGGGAACAUCAGGAGUCCCUGCAUCAGGGGAGGCUACAGGAGCAGUUGCUACGACAGCAGCAGCUUCAAGAGAAAGAGCUGUCCUUUCGGAGGCAGGCCGAGCAGGAUGAAGAGCAAUUUAAACACCACCUAAGCCAACAGUCUCAUUAUGACAAUCUAGAUCAGGAUAUCGUGCAAGGAGAGGAGCAAGGAACUCAGGAAGAAGACGAAAACUAUGUGCGGCACAACCAGCAUCCCCAAGAAGCAGAGGAAGAAGAUCAAAACAACGCGAAUGAGCAGCGGGAUCAAGACCGGGGCCACCAAGCAGAAAGUGAGCCGAACAAAGACGCUAGGAAGGCAGCUGUGGAUGAUGUCAACCCAGCAGACGAUCCGAACAAUCAGGGAGAAGAUGAGUUUGAGGAAGCAGAACAAGAGAGAGAGGAGACCUUGCCCGAGGAGGAUAAGCCUCUGAAACCACAUGACCAGAAACAAGAGAAUCCUGAGGUGGAAGAACAUUUAGUGAUGGUGGGUAACCCUGAUCAACAAGAAGACAAUGUGGACGAGCAGUACCAGGAGGAGGGAGAAGAAGAGGCCCAGGGAGAUCUGACUGAAGAGAAGAAGAGGGACCUGGAACGCAACGGCGAAGAGCCUUAUGGUGAAAAUGAUGAAAACGCUGAAGAGAAAAUGAGCGAAGGUGCAGAUCAAGAACAAGAAAUUCAAGAAGAAACCAACCCCAAAGAAGGCCGCGAUGAAAACUACGAGGAGGAAGAAGAGGAGGAGGAGGAGGGUGGCGCCGUGGAAGCCAAAGCCCACAGAAGAGGAGAGAUGUGAAGCUUGGUUAAACCACACAAAGAGUCACUCAACAAACUGGUAUCAGCUUGGGAGAAAAAAAAAUGUAGAGGCUGGAGGAUAGGACUUACCUUCUUAUAUAUCUGUUUUCAGGGUUUUUUUUUUUAUUUGAUGCUCUCAAGCCGUUUAUAUAAACGCAGUAUUUUGUUAGAUUAGCAUUUCUUUUGUAUCAAUUUGUAUAUGACAAGAAACAGAACACAAUUUUAUAGUGUUUUUAAAAUUUGGGUAUGUCUUUACCUGAAAAUCUAUCGGCAUUGUCCGAAUAGCAUCUGACGUUUAGUUUCUGAUGGGGGGCAAAACCCUAGUGCCUACACUUGGUAUAUGUUCAAAGGCUGGGGGG